CCACAAGUACCAUUUUUUAGAACAUAUUCAUGUCUCGAUGAAUAUGAUGGUGGAAAUGCAUUGGAGCACGAAUUGUUUUCUGGUGAAAUGCAUAUUAAUCAUAAUUAUGCACAUACUAAUGUGGAAUUGUUUAUAAUUGGAUCACGUGGUCAACAUUUUAAAUUAUCACCAUCAGAUAUUCAUAAUUGCUUAACAAACAACAGUCUUCAAUCAUUAUCAUCAUUAGUUCAUCAAUUAGAACUUAAACGUCGACGUACAGAUGAUAGUAGAAAAACUCAUAUUGAUUAUUUCGAAUCAACUGAUUAUGAAAAUAAGAAGAACGAUGAAAAAUUUGUACCUCUGCUUCAUUAUCAUACACCAACAAGUGUUUUUCAAGAAACAGAUAAUGUUGAUUCAAAUGAAUACUUCUGUGAUAAUAAUAAUAAUUAUAAAAAUCCUAAACUUGAAGAAUUAAUUGAAAGAUGUCAAACAAAUUCAUUAACCGAUUCAAUUGGUGAAAAACUUGAGGAUAAUGAUAUUGAUAUUGAUAUUAAUAAAUAA